AUGACCGCCAUCAGUGAUCUCGCCGUCCGACCAGCAGAGGGACCAAAUACUUUUCAGUGUACCCUGCCGACAUGUCGAGGGGACUACCUCAUUCAAAUAUCGUGGCCACUGAGCUGGAAAAGUUCACGAGGCCCCGAGAAUAGCUCGCCAGACACCCACGUACCCAUACUAUAUGUUCUAGAUGGCAACGCAUACUUUUUUACAGCUACGGAUGUGGCUCGUCGGCUCGAAUUUGUCUUUCGGAAAGAGAUCAUUAUUGUAGGUAUCGGCUAUCCCACGAGCCAUGCCAUCUAUGACAAGCGUCGAUUAUCGGACUUCACCCCUUCCUCUUCGAAGCCAUCAAAACCACCCUUGGGAAGAGACGGGCAGCCGCUUGAAGGCGUUGAAUAUGGUGGCGCAGAGCAGUUCCUCAAAGCCCUCCUGACUGAAAUCGCCCCUUAUGUGGAGGACAAUAUCUUCCAAGGCCUGAAAUUCAAUCGCCAUAGUCGCUACCUUUUCGGACACUCCUUCGGCGGCCUGUUCACGUUGUAUUCUCUCUUCACCCGGCCCGACUUCUUUGGCGCCCAUCUGGCAGCAAGUCCUUCCAUUUGGUUUCAAGACUGCGAGAUUGUUCACAAACAGGAGAAGGAUUUCCUUUCGAAAGACGUCAUUGGCAGAACCAUGACGCAAGAUUCAUGGAGCGUCGAGGAGCUCCAAACCCAGCCAGCAGAUCUUCGUCUCAUUAUGACCUUUGGAUCGCUUGAGGAGAACCCAGAAAAGCGACAUAACGAGGCAUCCGAGGACUAUCAACGAAGACUAGUGCUAUCUCAAGCAAAGGGCAUGAGGAGAAAUACUUUGGCCAUGGCAAAUCGUUUACGUGCAAGUGGAAAAUUUCGAGAUGUUUCAGUGGGCGAACUGGCCGGCGAAGAUCACGGUAGUGCGGCAAUAGAGACCCGAACUUUGGCUUGGAGAAUGUAUAUCUGUAGCCAUUAG